UCCGGGCCGAAGUUUCCCAGCCUGCCGAGCUCUAGAACUUCCUGCGGGUACAGCCAUCUUGCCUUGACCUUGCGCUGCGGCCGGCCGUGCGUGGUGGUCUGGUCCGUGCCGUCAUGUCGUUCUUGACACCGCUGCUGCUGAGGGGUCUGACAGGCCCGGCGCGGAGGCUCCCCGUGCCGCGUGCCCAGGUGCACUCCAAGCCGCCGCGGGAGCAGCUCGGGACCAUGGAUGUCGCCAUUGGGCUUACUUCCUGCUUCCUGUGCUUCCUCCUGCCGGCGGGCUGGGUCCUGUCACACCUGGAGAGCUACAAGAAGCGGGAGUGAAGGGGGCUGUCCUUUCCCCUGUAACCUGACCACCCUGCCAGCCAUCCGGAUCAUGUCUCCUGCAUUCCAGGCCGGCUGCCCCGGAUCAUGUCAUUGGUCACCUCUUCUGCAAUCAUGACCUCUCAGUAUCUUCACCAUGACAUCUGGGACCACAGAUCAGCCCUGCUCAUUGGGGUCCGCCCUGCAACAAUAAAGUCUAUUUAAACCUU